AUGGUUUCCAACGACAUUUUUGCCGAGCCCAUCGACACCAAGGCGCCGCCGUCCAACAUUGCGGUCCGGCAAGACCACCCCGUGCCUCGAAAGGGCAUCCAAACAAAGGCGCCGCUCCAGACAAACAAGUUUUACUCCAAUUUCUUCCUUGGCGAUCAGCUCGGGCCGACGUAUACCUUUCCCUAUUCUGUCCAGUGGGCGGGGGGAAAGGGCGCGAGCUCGAGCUGGGGCAUGUCAUGUUCGCACAUUGACGCUCACCAACGAGUCUUUGGCCAGGAGAAGUUCAAUGGAGCAGUGUCUUACUACCUCAAUCCUGUAGGGAUUCAGUCCAUGGUUAUCUCCGCCAAAGAGCUAGGCAAUGGGACACACCUGUCCCUCGACAGCAUCACAGCCUUCUCCGCUCGAGUCGGACUCAGCAAGGAUAGCAAGUCGCCGCCGGCGGUGCUUUUCCCACUCGUGCAAGGGAUGGCAUACAUCACCGCACAGUUCGAUGGCGCAUUGCCCUUGCUCCAGACCGGCGUGUACUUCAAGACUAUGAGUCGAAUUACGCGAGAGCCCAAGGAGCAGGUCACCAAAUACACCUUUAACCUCGAGGACGGAACGACGUGGCGAGUUUACGCAUGGAAGAGCAAAGGGGACGAUCUCGACCUCGAGGUUAUCAAUAAUGGGCUAGCCCAGUCGAGGAAGCCGUUCCACGGCAUUGUCCAGGUCUGCAAGGAUCCUGGCACCCCUGACUCCGAAAAGAUGCUCGACGACGGUGCCGGCAUCUACCCUGUCGCUGUCGCGUUGUCCGGCUCAGCCUCCGGCGCGACGGGAAACUACUCGUUCAAAUUCCAGAAAGAGGGGCACCAGGCAGGAGAUUUGUACAUGUACGCGCUCCCACAUCAUGUCGAUUCAUUCAACAGCGAGACAAAGCAACGGGUUCAGAAGACCCAGCUGCAGUCAACAACGAAGGGCACGGCAACAUUGGUCAAGGGAACCGAGUGGACAAUGGUUGAACCGCACAUGCCCGUCGAUAUUGGAUUCGACCCGUGGCACCCAGAGAAAGGCAACAUCAGCCACCUGUCGGACAAGGCCAAGAGUACGAUUCGCGCCGCUGCAGCCAAAGAGGUGUCUCAAGACAUGAUUUCGCAGUCCAAUUUGGAUUCGAUGUACUUCAGUGGCAAGGCACUGGCCAAAUUUGCCACGAUUCUGUAUGUCAUCAACAAUUUGAUCGGGGACAAGGCCCUCGCGCAGACUGGGCUGGGGCAGCUCAAGGCAGCCUUUGCUACGUUUGCCGCAAACAAGCAAAAGUUUCCCCUCACCCAUGAGACUGCCUGGGGCGGAGUGGUGUCUUCUGCAAGUUAUGUCACUGGCGACGCGGGCGUCGACUUUGGCAAUACCUACUACAAUGAUCACCACUUCCACUACGGCUAUCAUAUUCUGGCAGCGGCGACCAUCGGCCAGUUGGACCCAGAAUGGGCCAAGGCAAACGCCGACUACGUCAACACACUUGUGAGAGAUGUUGCCAACCCCAGCGCCAAGGACGGAUUCUUCCCCAUGUGGCGCAACUUCGAUUGGUAUCACGGUCACAGCUGGGCUCAUGGUCUCUAUGCCGCUAUGGACGGCAAGGACCAAGAGUCAAGCUCAGAAGACAUGAUGCAUGCCUAUGCUCUCAAGAUGUGGGGUAAAGUCACUGGGAACGCCGACCUGGAGGCCAGGAGUAAUUUGCAGCUGGCGAUAAUCUCGCGCAGCCUGCAAAGCUACUACCUGUACCGAGACGACAACUCGGUUCAGCCGAAACAGUUCAUCGGCAACAAAGUUGCAGGCAUCUUGUUUGAGAACAAGGUCGACCACACGACGUACUUUGACCCGCACAUCGAAGCAAUCCAAGGCAUACACAUGAUCCCCAUCUUGCCGCCGACGCCUUUUGUUCGCGUCAGUGACUUUGUCAGGGAAGAAUGGGAUGCGUUCUUCAGCAACGGCCGCAUAGACAAUAUCCGCAAUGCUUGGAAGGGCAUCAUAUACGCCAGCUACGCGACGGUCGACCCGAAGAAGGCGUGGGAGUUUUUCACCUCGAAGACGUUUGACCCGCAGUGGCUGGACGGUGGAGCGUCGUUGACGUGGUUCAUGGCGUACGCCGCGGCACUGGGAGAUAUUUGA